UGCAUUUUAUAUUAAUUGAAUUUUAGCUAGAUUAUAAUAUUUUGUGUUUCAUGUAAUUUUUCUUUGUAUCACUUAUUUGAGUGUUUUUUAACCCUUUUUGCUUAAUUUUCCGUGGAUUGUGCCAACCAAAAAUUUCUUAUUGCAAUUUGCAACAGGUUUCCAGCCAAAUGGCCAAGCUCCAAUCUCUUGCACAGAUAAGCCAUUAACACCACAAAUUCUGUCCGAUGCUAUGACUGCGGAGUUCUCAACCCCGAGACGACUAACAACAGAAGAGAUACCUUCCGUUGUGAAUGAUUUCCGACUUGCUGCUAGGAAUGCCAUAGAAGCUGGUAAAUUUCUGUUUGAUGGUGUUGAACUACAUGGAGCACAUGGGUAUCUUAUCGUUCAGUUUAUGAAAGAUCAAGUAAAUGACAGAACAGACCACUAUGGUGGAUCUUUAGAGAAUCGUUGUAGAUUUGCUCUGGAAGUAGUCGAAGCAGUUGCAAAUGAGAUUGGUGCAGAUAGAGUUGGGUUUCGUAUUUCUCCCUUUGCGAAUUAUCUAGAAUCAGGAGACUCAAAUCCAGAAGCUUUGGGCCUUUACAUGGCUGAAUCCCUCAGCAAACAUGGAAUUCUGUUUUGCCAUGCAGUUGAACCUAGGAUGAUAACUGCCGGAGAGAAGAAGGAAUGUCAUCAUAGUUUACUUCCCAUGAGAAAAGCUUUCAAUGGUAGUUUCAUUGUUGCGGGAGGUUAUGACAGGGAAGAUGGGAAUAAAGCUGUGAUGAAUGGUUACACUGAUCUUGUAGCUUAUGGUCGCUUGUUUUUGGCGAAUCCUGAUUUGCCUAGAAGAUUUGAGCUUAAUGCGCCUUUGAAUGAGUAUCAUAGAGAAACAUUUUACACAUCUGAUCCUGUUGUUGGCUACACUGAUUAUCCGUUCCUUGAAUAUGCAAUGUGA